AUGCUGAGCAUCCCGGAGUUUUCGUGUCUUGGAUGGCGGGAAACCGAUGGCUGCACACUUGGACCACCCAGCGGCCUCAAUCGAGUCGUGGGCUGUGAUACGGGCAUAAAGGCCGGUGCGUCGGGGUACUGUUUGCUGCAAAAUCAAGCUACGGGUGAAGAAGUUCGAGCGAUGCAGGUGAAUUGCUCAUCACUGCGUAGCGAGGUGGAGUUCAACUGCACACAAGCAGCAGACUUCGCACUAGUCACGUCGCAGUUGAACAUGCUCGUAGAUACGAUCAAAGCCGAGCACGACCAACCCCAGGUGCAAGGAUCAACAGAAGCGAAGAACGGCGUGCUCAUGGUCAUUUACCCGAAGCUGCUGUCGAGUGUGUACGCCACGAUCCGAGUGUUGCGCUCGUACAACUGCUCGCUGCCGGUCGAGCUCUGGUUUCUAGAGAACGAAAUGGGUUCAAACCCUCUCGCAAACAACCGGUUGCUCCAGUCACUGGAAAACGAAUAUGGACCAAUAUCGCUGCAUGGAAUUUCCGGGGAAAACGUCGACGGAUUUAACACCAAGAUCCUCGCUCUCGCCCACUCGAACCUCGACCAAGUUUUGUUUCUAGACGCCGACAACACGCCUGUCAAAGACCCCACAUACAUCUUCACGGCGCCAGAGUUCAUCGAAAGUGGAGCGAUCUUUUGGCCGGAUUUUUGGCACCCUGCCAACACGAUCUUUAAUAUCCACAACGAGACGCUGCUCUGGGAACUGGUGGAUAUGCCCUUCGUGGACAUGUUUGAGCAGGAGAGCGGCCAGCUGCUGAUUGAUCGACGCAGAGCAGCAGCAGCCCUGAGAGUACUUCAAUUCUUAGCGCUGCGCCAGCCGAACCCCCUCCAGCAAUUGAAACUCGUCCACGGCGACAAGGACCUCUUCCGGAUAGCGUGGCUUAAGACCAACACCUCAUUCCACAUGAUCGAGACGCCUGCAGCAGUCGCGGGCAUACUAAACAACGGUGGGUUUUGCGGUAUUACAAUGGUCCAGCACGACCCCGAAGGAAAAGUCCUCUUCCUGCACCACAACGGCAAGAAAGUAAUCGGCGAUGACCAGACUCGAACGUGGACCCACCUCCAGUCCUUCGUAUUUCCCGACCAGCUGGCACUCCAUCGAUCCAACGCCUCAGAUCGAUACGCUUACUUGGCGGACAACUACCGCGUUGGUAUAUACGGGACCAGCGAUGCAUUUCCAGGACUGCUGAUGUGCUACAGACUCACAACCGAGCACUAUCGCUUAACGUCGUGGACAGAAUUAUUACACCACGACCUUGAAGAUCGACUCCGAGACUUCGUCCAGGAAGCUACAGAGCUUGGGAAUUAA